CCGACCGGCUAAGCUUCCAUAACAGCCACUGAUGUCGCUCUACAGCAGCAGGUGAGUGACUGAUUGCAAGUCAUCCUGAACUCAGCAGUUUGGCAGCAGGAGGACCUUUUUGUCUUUACAUCUGAUGAGAGUUAUAGUCAGUCAUUCAGUCACUGAGUGAAACGGCUUUGUCACGUUUCGACGCAGCAAAAACACUGUUUAGCGACUCGUUAGCUUAGCAACCGAAAGCCACAUGGAUCUUCAAAACACCAAGACUAACGAUGAGGGGAAGGAGUUGCUGAACCACGGCAAGACCCUCCGACUCCACACCGGGAAUUUAGUGAACCGGAGCCGGCUGAAGAAGAAGUGUCCCGGCUCUCCCAGCGAGGAGCUUCGAGACUGCAUCCAAGCCACGCUGAGUGACUGGUUGUCGACGGCCAAACCCACAAACACGGGCUUUCCAGACACACUGGACUGCUCCAUUCCUGAGGCGACAGAUGCCAUCACACCUGAAGAAAGGGACGAGGUGAAGAUUUCAGCGAAGCUUUUUCUCUGUGAGUCGGGUCAGUCGGCCAUCAGGGAUGCCGUGGAGAUGGCUUGCCAGACGUUGGCAGUUUCCCAGCUCGACUCUGUCAUCAUAGCGCCCCCUGGGACUGUGGAGGGUGACAGCCAGAGCCUGGCUCACCUGCAGCCGGCGUGGGAGGAGCUGGAAACUCUGGUGAGGAAGCAGAAGAUCGCAGCCAUCGGCACGUCUGACCUGGACAAAGAGCUGCUGGAGCAGCUCUACAACUGGGCCCAGGUGAAGCCCAGCAGUAAUCAGGUGAACCUGGCCUCCUGCUGCGUGAUGCCGCCCGAUCUGACAGCCUUCGCCAAAGAGUUCGACAUCCAGCUGCUCACACACAGCGACCCCAAAGAGCUGAUGUCGACAGCCACAUUCCAGGAGGCGAUGCAGGAAGGAGCGUCGGGCCUGAGCGCCACCGACUGGAGGCUGGAGUGGGUCCUCCGCUACUCCGUUAUAGUCAAGAGCCGCGGCAUCAUCAAAUCCAAGGGUUACCUGGUCAGCGCGAGGAGAGCGAGCCCCUAGCACUCAAACAGAGAGAGAGGGGGGAAGGAAAACACACGGAUGAAGCCAUUUUCCUCAGCUGUCAUUCUCACACAGAAAGUUCCAGUUCCGAUUAAUGGACGCUGCAAGUCAUGAAGUAAUUAAAGUAAUUUAUCUCCCUGAUAAAGUCACAUCUUCCUUGUUUCUAACUUUAACAGAAGCACUUGGUGGUUACUAGUAACCUAACACUUUCGGUGAAUCAUCACCAGCAGCAGCAGUGCACUGACAGCCGCUCAGAAACACAGUAAAUGAUGUUUUAUUACUGGAAACUGUUGGUUGCUAAACCUCGGUUCAAUAUGAAAGUUGUUUAAUUGUCUUGAUGUAAAGUGCCUCUCUACUGCCCCCUUCUGUUCUCAGACUUGCCUGCUUUCUACUUAAUGUGUAGGAAUGCAGCUAUGAAUAUUGGGGAGUAAAACUAUUAUUGGUACUGUAAAGAAAUAAAUAAAUAAUUCUCUACUUUUGAACAUAUCUAAUCCAGUUUAACAGAUUUGGAGAACAAUUAUAUUUUUUUUGGAUUAGACGAUUAUCAUUCCAUUAUUAAGCAUAACGCACAGAUUAAAAACCCAAAUGCAGUGGCUGAGUUUAUUUCAUGGUUAGAUUUUGGGUAAGUAUGCAGCUAUGUAUGUAGAAAUGUGUAAUUUAUGCUUUCGAGAUGUUUUUGUAGCUAUAAUGAUAUGUUCAAUCAGCUCAUACACAGAAAACUAAUCUGAGGCAAAGUAAAGCAAUAUUACGAGAUUAACUAGCGGGCUUGUGUCCUUUAUAUGUUGUGAUUACAGCACUGGAGACGUCACACAAAGAAGAUGUGAACAAUCUGUUUUUAUUUUAUUAAAUACAACUGUACUUAGACGAGGUCCAUGACUGAAAAUUCAGUUUUAUCAACAUAUUUAAAAUGUCUUAUCUGUAUAUUAUGAAUUGGCUUUAUUAAAGUGAUGAAAGUGUGUUUUUUGACUCAUCGGUCUUAAAGCGAGAAAUAAAUCUGUAUGAAAUGUAAUUAUUAUAAAAUGAUAUAUUUAUCCUAA